AUGGCCGACAGCAGCACGGCGAACACCGGCGACGAGGUCGAACAGCAGCUCACAUUCAACGUCAAGUCCUCGUCAGAUGCCAAAUAUGUCGUUACCGUGCCCACGACCAUGACCGUGGGCGAUCUCAAGCAGAAGCUCUCCACCUCAGAAUACGCCGAUACACCACCCGAGCGGCAACGCCUGAUAUACAGCGGUCGCGUUCUCAAAGAUCCCGACACAUUGGCGAGCUGCAAGAUCAAGGAUGGCAACACUGUCCACCUCGUUCGCAGCGCCGAGAGCAAUCAGCGCCAGAACCCUGUCAAUCAAGGCGGCGCAAGCACUCCAGCGGGAGCAGGUCAGCCGGCAUCGAACGUCCCUUCCAACAUAGCAGCUGGAACGGGAGCGGGCAAUCCACUGGCUCAGCUCACAGGCGCGAGAUAUGCAGGCUUUCACGGCUUGCCAGGCGCGGACAUGUUCGGUGCAGAUGGCGGUAUGGGCGCUCCGCCAAAUGCGGAUCAGAUGCUUAGGAUGCUCGAUGACCCGAAUUUUGCGCAGCAGAUGAACGAGGCUAUGAACAACCCGGCAGUCUUGGACAUGCUUCGCAACAACCCGAUGAUCAGAAACAACCCCAUGGCGCGGGCGGCGAUUGAAAAUCCAGAAAUGAGGCGCAUGAUGAUGAAUCCAGAUAUGAUUAGAAUGCAGAUGCAGAUGCAGAGAGCGAUGGGCGGCAAUGGUGGUGAGGGUGCGUUCCCCAUGCCGGGACAAACGGAUACCACUGAGGGCGGCAACAACACGAACAACACUACGGGCAGCACGAACACUGGAGCAGGUGGGCAGAACACCGGAAAUCCAUUCACACAAGUACCACCUGGCGGUGGACAAGGCGGACAGAAUCCAUUCGCAGCCCUGUUCGGUGCACCACCAGGGGCAGGCGCGAAUGCUGGUAACGCCGGCGCUGGCACUGGCACAGACACCGCGAACCAACAGAACCCAUUCGGCAGCUUGUUUGGUGGACAGAACCAGGAGGGACAGCAAAAUCCAAUGGCAGCCAUGACCCAGCAGCUGAUGCAGAACCCACAAAUGAUGCAGCAGAUGAUGCAGAUGAUGGGUGGUGGCGAAGGUGCAGGUGGCGAAGGCGCUGGUUUCAAUCCCUUUGGUGGCUUGGGUGGAGCUGCACCUCCUCCUGAGCCAGCAGACAGCAGACCUCCUGAAGAGCGGUACGAGAGCCAGCUACGCCAGCUGAACGACAUGGGAUUCUACGAGUUCGAUCGCAAUGUCCAAGCCCUUAGGAGAAGCGGCGGCAGCGUCCAGGGGGCUGUAGAGUAUUUGCUCUCGAACCCAUCGUAA